GUCUGCUGGAAUCAUAGGUCGCCUUGUAGCUUCGGCGGUCCUAGUUGCUGCCCUUGCCGCCGGCGCUUGCAACUGGCGCGACGACUUCUUCUCAGGUGCCGUGGCCCACCGCUUUGGGAAAAUCAACAAGGCCAACUGGGCCCUCUUCUUGCUGGGCCUGAGCACCAAAAACACUUCGCGGACCGAAGAUGGCGAAGGGUUGAAGUCGGUGUUGAAGACCAUCAUGGAUUGGUAUGCCGCUCGAGACAUCGACCCCAACUUCUCACUGCAAGAGAUGCACUGGGACGACACAGACGCAGGCCGCCUGGCCAUGGCAGCUAUUUUUCCGCAGAUUGCAUCCAAAAUAUGCAUACGCCACCAACUUCAAGCAGUUCGACGUCGCACCGGGGACCUGAAAAAGUUCGUGGCAAGCAUGGUGUCCUUCACUUCGCACACUGUCAAUCCGUUUCUUCUCGAUCUCCUCUGGCAGUCCGUGCUCCAGAGGCUCGCGUUUGUGGAUGUGGACUGGGAGGCGUACUUGAGCCGGCCCGUGGAUUGUGGAGCCCAGCGGCACCAGUUUUUGGACGCGGAGGUGGUGCAGAAGCCCUUAGACCAGCUCCCUUUCAAGGAGGGGAAUCAGCCGCUGUCGGACCGCCUGGGCUCUGGAAACCUUAUCAGGCCGUGCGAGGUGGAGCAGAAGGUGAAGAUUCACCACUCUACAGACAGGCAGGGCAGGGCUGCUGGCUCUGCAGCCUGGACCCCUUGGGGAAGGUCGCGGUUGGCGAACAAACUGCUCUGCUCAGUCCAUGACGUACGCCAACCGCAUGGUCGCCUUCCUCUUCGUGACGGACAGCUGCUUCGAAGAGAUGUGCCAGCUGCCGGAUCUGCCUCUCAGAAUGGCCCCCGGGUGACGACAGGGGUGUGUCGUGGGGUUUUUGUACGUGGGACGCUUUAG